AUGAGCGCCUUCGAGGACUUGGGCCUGUGCCCCGAGCUCAUCGUCGCCGCCGACGUCGCCGGGUUCACGCUGCCGACGCCGAUACAGAGCGAAGCCAUUCCGCUGUGUCUCACCGGCGGCGACGUCUUGGCGAGCGCGGAAACGGGGAGCGGGAAGACGUUCGCGUUCGGUGCGCCCGUGUUACAGCUCACGCGGGAAACGAUGAUGGUGGAGCGCGAGCGUGAGCGCGGUGGGACGUGGACGCGCGGGACGACGACGACGAGCGAGGCGGUGGAAACGUUGGGGACGCGGGCGCGGUUGAGCGCGAACGCGCGAAGCGCGACGUGCGCGACGGAUUACGCGAGUGGACGGACGCAGUCGCGAUCGAUGACGUCGUGGGGUGGCGUGAGAGGUCGAUACGGCAUCGAUCCGAGACGCGAGGGGGAGACGGUGGGGAAGGUGAUGUUCGAAGCGGAGGUGACGGAUGACGGCUUGGCCAGGUUUGGGUUCUCCUCGAGGUUCGGCGCGUUGGACGGUUUAGGCGCCGAUGCGCACUCAUACGGGUACGGAGGGACGGGAAAGAAGUCGCACAACAAAUCGUUCGAGGACUACGGCGAGAAGUUCAAGAAGGGCGACGUUGUGGGAUGUUUGUUGGACAUCGAAGGCGGCGUCGUGUCGUUUACGAAGAAUGGAAAAUCGCUCGGCGACGCGUUUCGAUUGAGUGAACAGAGCGCGAAGAGCGACGGGCUCUUCCCCGCGGUGUGUCUGAAGAACGCGGAGUGCGUUGUGAGGUUCGUCGAAGAAGAUUUCAAGCACGCGCCACCGGAAGGGUACGUCGGAUUUGGCUCUCUCAACUCUCGAGACGCGGUGGACGGCGACGAUCCCGCAAGCGCGGAGGCGCGCUCAAAGUCCGGAGUCAGGAUACCGCGUGCGCUCAUCUUGGAGCCUGCGCGAGAGUUGGCCGAGCAAACGCAUGAGUUUUUCGUCAACUUUGCAUCCGAGUUCAGAGAUCCGGCGAUCGUGCCCGGUUUGUUCAUCGGCGGCGUCAAGGAGGGACCGCAACACGCGCUCCUGCGAGAGGGCGUGGACAUUGUCACGGGAACUCCGAUUAGGGUCUUGGAGCUCGUGCAAAACGGUAAGCUCGAUCUCAGCGCCAUUCGGUACUUUGUCUUGGACGAGGCCGAUCGACUUUUGGACACCGGCAAUCAGGCGACGAUUUUGAAACUCUUUGAACGCAUGCCCAAACUCGCGGCAUCCGCGACGGAGCGUUUGCAAGUCAUGCUCUUCUCCGCCACGCUGCACUCGCCCGAGAUUCGUGAGCUCGCGGGUUUCUUGACCGUGAACGCGACGUGGGUGGAUUUAAAAGGGAAAGACGCGGUGCCGGAGACGGUGCAUCACGCCCUCGUACUCGUGGAUCCGACGACGCAAGACGUGGACGCGCUCGAGCCCAAGGUCCUCACAGAUCGAGCGCACUCCUUGGCCUCCACGCUCGAUGGCGACGACGCGUUGAGCGAAUCGAUCAAGAGAUUAAAGCCCCACAUUCUUCGUGGAAUCAUAGACGCGCACGAGAUGGACCAGUGCAUGAUCUUCUGUCGCACAAACUUUGAUUGCGACAACUUGGAAAAGUUUCUCAACGAAAGCGGUGGUGGGAAGCGAUUUCGAGGCGCCGACGUCGGCGGCGUCGAGGGCAAGUACUCGUGCUGCGUCUUAGGAGGUGCUCGAAACAUGGAUGAACGCAGACGAAACUUACAAGCGUUCAAAAAUGGCGAUGUACGCUUUCUCAUUUGCACGGAUGUCGCGGCUCGAGGUAUCGACAUCAAAAACCUUCCGUACGUCAUAAACAUGACGCUGCCGGACAAAAGUGAAGAUUACAUCCAUCGGAUCGGCAGAGUCGGCCGUGCGGAUACAAUGGGACUAGCGAUAUCGAUCGUCGCCGCAAAGAACGAAAGAGUGUGGUACUGCACGAAGAAGGGCUACAAGCCUUGGUUUGAUCCCAAACCCGACGACGUCAAACUCAUGUCGGAGGGAGGUCACACGAUUUGGUACAACGAACCAAAGCUCUUGAAGGACAUCGAGAAGCGACUUGGAUCGACGGUGGCGCCGCUCGGGCCAAAUUACGCACUCCCAGACUCGUUCGGCGUGCAAGAUAAGGACGCGUACGGGAAAGCGCGCGACGAAAAGCCAAACGAGGAGACGAACGAACAUUUGUUGGCGUAUGCGCCGCACGUUCGCGCAUUGGCUGCGUUGGAGACCAAAGUUCAGAGCUCGUUCUGGGAACUCAAACGGAAAUUCGCGGCGUGUGAAUCGAUGGAAUAG